CCUCACUCGCACGGUCGCACCCCGCAGUUUUCGGCUGGAAUUCUAGAACACCCAGCUUCAGUCCCUUCGCUAGUCGGGGAACUGAUGAGAACGUGGGUAAGCGUCAUCAAACACAUGCAUCAUGACGUGCUUCCAGCGUUGUGGCACGCAUCGAUGGGGCUGCUGCUUGGCCACGUUUUUUGCGAUUGCGAUUAGCUUUCACUCUCUGUCAUGUGCCAGUCGACCAAUACUUGACCCAGCAUCGCGGACGUCUUACCGGGAGGAGCUGAAGGAUGCGAUCGCCGCGCUGCUGCAAGUCAACGGCUUCUCCAAAUACGCUCUCGAAACUCUCGCUCCCGCAUUGUCCUCAGGCCCGAAUGGUCUCUUCUGCCAGAAUCUCACCAUUCUUGCUCCCAGCACUGCGGCGCUGAUGCGAGUUAGCGACGAUUCUUUUAACGUGUCCGACAGCAUACGAAUUUCCGAGUUCACGGUACUCGCUACCCGCAUGACGUACAGUGAAAUCAUGGCUCACCCGGAUGAUCAGCCUCUUCCCACGCUUGAGGGCUCGUCAUUAUCGAAGGUGACUGCAACGAGAGCGGACGGAACGCCCGAUUAUGUGGUGUUUGUCCAACCGGACGGCGCGGUGGCUGCCGGGCGGAGUGCAACUAUAGUUGCUGCUGACGUGUACUUGGGACCCACACUUGCCAUACAUGGUAUAGACAGCGUGCUAUUCCCUCCAGUAGGGUAGAGUUUAUUUAUGGGGGAAGGGGAAUGAUGAUCAGCGAACAUGUACAGGCAUAGCAGAAAUAGCUGGUCAAAUAGAGACUCCAAGGAAAGAUCGAGUUCUCUUAUAAUGGUAUUGUAUAAGAAAGAGGCUCCCCCCAGCUUUUCGAAGUCUCCAUGAAAUUUGUGGCGAGUCGUUCCGUUUACGAAGUUUGCACCUCAUCA